AGUUAAACGACCAAACGAAUACUCUGAUUAUCGCCUUAAAAGACCGUGAUAUUCCAUUGAAAUAUGCUGAGGUUGAAUCAGCUUUCACCGAUGGGAAAGAAGCUGCCGUGAACGAAAAAUGGGUGAUGGAGCACCUGAACCAUGAUACUCUUCUAUCCCAAGAGGAGCUCACCUUGUAUUGACUAUACAAAUAGGUAUACGAAACUCGAAAGUACCGGCUCUUUACAGAAUAUCAUGCACAACCCCGAUACGAAUGCGGACCGACCGUUGCUCGAUGAAGAUGUUCGGAAGGCGAUUGACUCGCUGAACGAUUCAACCGCUGUGAUCCAGAAACAAAAGCAGAUUUUAGCAUCCCAAUGCGACAAUAUAGAUAAAGAGCUUCGCCGAAAAGGUGAACGAGAAGUCAGACGCAGCACCGGUAUAGAACACCUGCGUCAGAGAUACAAAUCAGAAAGGCAAAGCACGAAUGCCGUGUCUAUUGAAUUGGCUCAGGAAGUGACAGCGGGCUUGAAAACCGAAUCAGAGAACACAGCAGUGGAUAGUAAAAGGAUAUUGUCAACUCUUGCAGCUUGGCUAAAGGAGGACGAUAGAGCACUAGUGGACCUAGAGCGGCUUGGAUCUGGUAUGGGGUCUACUGGAGAUGAUGCCUCUGUAGUAAAACGGACCUCCGAGUUAAGCACGAUACUCGCCGAUUGUCUUGCAGAAGAAAUACAAUGUCGGCUCGAUCGAGUUUACUUGGAGAACCUCCGGGCCGGUCUAUUCAAGGCCAAUCAGAACCUUAACGGUGCUGUGGAUGAAGUUACAAUCGCAUUGGAAGGAGAACUGGAGUCCCUGUAUCCGGAGAUUGACAUGCUGGCUGAGAUGUAUACCAAGCAACAAUACACCGCACCUAUAUCACGCGCUCUCCAAAACCACCACGACCAGUGGCACAUUGCUUCCCACAAGAAACUCAACUAUAUCUUAGACCUGGUCGCUGAGAUGACGUUAUCUACAGAACGUCUCACCAAAUCCCUGCAAGAUCGCGAGUCAUUCUGUGGGACUCUCGAAACUUUCAAUACCACGUAUCGAACCAAAGUAGGUAAUCAGUUUUCUGAAAUAUCUGUACCAAGACGAGAGGAUAUUAGAAGACGUUCGAUCCAACCAACGUUGGCAUACACACCUGCCGCGAAACGCAUCGAUUCGGUUUCCGAGUCCCAUGCCCUCGCCGCUGUCUUGCGCCGCACAGGCUUAUCUUCCGAGUCGGUGUUCCAACCCGAAGAAGGUAAUGUGGGCACCGAUGUGCUUUUUGACGCGAGACAUCACAUGUUCGAUUGUCUGCAGAAUUAUGGCAUUGCCGCAGAUGCCCCUCUGGUGACCGAAAUGAUCUCGGGUGAUCAGGCAACCCGGCUUCUUUCGUCCUCCUUAAACGUCAAUUCACACGUUAAGACUUUGCUCACGAGUGACAUCCAUGAGGCCGAGCUCUCUGACCUUCGACUUAAAUUAGAGCAUGUACAAAAAGGGGUUGAAAUGCUCGACCUUGGCGUAGUACUUCAACGUGACAGGAGCCGAGAGACGUUUGUUGAGAGGUGGGGGUUGACAUAAAGGAUCCAAUGUUUGACCACGGCCUCGAAUAAGAAACUCGUGUGGUAAUGACUACGAGAUGAAAAGGAGGCUUGCAGGGCCUUGCAGGUGUUAAUCAACUAGUGGCUGUCUUUGGCUUGCCCCUUUCUUGUUCCUUUAAUUUUUUUAUCUUUUAUUUUCUUUUUCUCCUUCCCUUCUCUUCAAAACUAAUUCACAAAAAAGAAAAAAGAAAAGACCGAAUGGAAGAAAAUAAAUAAACUAGCCAAAGAUGGUGAAUCUUCAUUCCCC